AUGAUGGACGGCCGCCUCCUGGAGCACCCGCAUGCCCAGUUCGGGGGCUCGCUGGGCGGCGUGGUGGGCUUCCCCUACCCACUGGGCCACCACCACGUGUACGAGCUGGCCGGCCACCAGCUGCAGUCGGCCGCCGCCGCCGCGGUGCCGUUCUCCAUCGACGGCCUGCUCAGCGGCUCGUGCGCCGCCGCUGCCGCCUCGGUGGUCAAUCCCACGCCGCUGUUGCCGACCGCCUGCGGGGUAGGCGGCGACAGCCAGCCCUUCAAGCUGUCAGACUCGGGGGACCCAGACAAGGAGAGCCCGGGCUGCAAGCGGCGGCGCACCCGCACCAACUUCACCGGCUGGCAGCUGGAGGAGCUGGAGAAGGCAUUCAACGAGAGCCACUAUCCCGACGUGUUCAUGCGCGAGGCGCUGGCGCUGCGCCUGGACCUGGUCGAAUCCCGAGUCCAGGUCUGGUUCCAAAACCGCCGGGCCAAGUGGAGGAAGAAGGAAAACACGAAGAAGGGCCCGGGGCGGCCGGCACACAACUCACACCCUACCACGUGCAGUGGCGAGCCAAUGGACCCAGAGGAGAUCGCGCGCAAGGAACUGGAGAAGAUGGAGAAGAAGAAGCGCAAGCACGAGAAGAAGUUGCUGAAGAGCCAGAGCCGCCACCUGCACUCGCCCGGAGGCCUGUCCUUGCACAGCGCACCCAGCUCCGACAGCGACAGCGGCGGCGGUGGCCUGUCCCCGGAGCCGCCCGAGCCGCCGCCGGCCGCCGCCGCCAAGGGCCCUAGCGCGAGCGCUGCCGGUGUUGCCGGGCCUGCGCCCGCACCGCCAGGUGAGCUGCCGGCGCCCGGCACCUGCGACCCAGCCUUUUACCCGAGCCAAAGAAGCGGCACUGGCCCUCAGCUGCGGCUAGGCCGCCCCGCGGACAAGGACGCGGCCCCGUGUGCGCCCGCGGCGGCGGCGGCUGAGCGCGGCGCCUCGGGCCUGCCCAAGGCCAGCCCGUUCAGCGUGGAGAGCCUGCUGUCCGACUCGCCGCCGCGCCGGAAAGCCGCCGCUGCUGCCGCCGCCGCCGCGGGGCUGGACUUCGCGCCCGGCCUGCCGUGCGCGCCGCGGACCCUCAUCGGCAAGGGCCACUUCCUGCUGUACCCCAUCACGCAGCCGCUCGGCUUCCUGGUGCCGCAGGCCGCGCUCAAGGGGGGCACGGGUCCGGAGCCCGCGCCCAAGGACGCGCCGCCUGCGCCCGCCGCGCCGCCGGCGCCGCCCGCUCAGGCCAGCUUCGGGGCCUUCCUGGGGCCCGGUGGUGCUCCGGACUCGGCCUUCGCGCGCCGCAGCCCCGACGCCGCCGCCUCCCCGGGGGCUCCGACCCCGGAUCCUUUCCGGGACUCGGCCCCGGCUGCCGCUGAGGGCGGCGGGGACUGCGCGGACGGGAGGGCUGCCUGCCCAGCGGCCCCGCCACCGCCCGCGCCGUCGCCCGGGCCCGGGCCCGGCCCGCGAGCGCCGAGUCCCGCUGUGGAGCCGGCCAUCUGUGGGGCCGCAGAGCCAGGCGCCGCGGCCGGACCCAGCGCGCAGGAUGGCGAGGAGGUGGACAUGGACUGAGGGCGGCGGCGGCCAAGAGAGGCGCUCAGCCGGCCCGC